AUGAUAGUUUUGUCAAUAGAAAACAUCAAUAGUGAUGAUGAAUAUAUACCUUCACCUGACGACAGUAACAGCGAAGAGGAUUGUAUUCUUUCACCAAACCCAAAACGACGAAGACUUUGUAAAAGGUUGUUUGAUGCAGACGACACGGAUAAAACUUCCAGUGAAGCCCAAACGAACAAUACCGAUCCAGCUCUGGAAAAUGAAGGAAGCUAUAGUUCUGUUUGUGAUGUUAGCCCAACAGUGAACCAAAGUGGAAAAAUAAAUCGAUCUCUAGUUCCUUACAGUGAAACAGAAUCAGAAAAAGACUCCACUUCUGAUGAACUAACGCCGAUGAAGGAAAAGAAAAAAACUAGAAAAAGACAGCGGAAUCCGAAAGAUUGGAAGAAAAAUGUUUAG